AUGUCCGAACGCAAAGUGCUCCAGAAAUACUACCCUCCAGAUUUCGAUCCAGCGUCCCUCACGCGCAAGCGCGGACCGAAGCAGACCGGCCCCAAGGUCCAAACCGUCAGAAUUAUGGCCCCGUUCUCGAUGAAGUGCACUACAUGUGGAGAGUACAUAUACAAAGGAAGAAAAUUCAACAGCAGAAAGGAAACAAAUCCCAACGAGCGAUACUUGGCCAUUCAGAUACACCGAUUCCAUAUUAAAUGUACCCGAUGUUCAGCAGAGAUCAUAUUCAGGACAGACCCCAAGAUCGCCGACUAUGCCGUGGUCAAGGGUGCGCUGCGCAACAUGGAACCUUGGCGCAACAAGGAGGGAGAGAAGGAGAGCGUCGACGAGAGGCUGGACCGGCUGGAGCGCGAGGAGGCCGAAGCUGCCGGCGAAGAAGAGAAGAACGCGAUGGCGGACCUGGAAUCAAAGAACGAAGACGCGAGGCGGGAGAUGGCGGCAGCGGAUGCGCUUGACGAGAUUCGCCAGCGCAACGCGCGCAUCCAGCGGUCAGAAAAGGACGGCGUCGACUUCUCCGAGUAUGUCGUCCGGCCCGAGGACGAGGAGAGGACGAGAUUGGAGAGGGAGGAUGAGGAGGCUGCGAGGAGGGCAUUCGCUGCUGCGCGGGAGAGGGCUUCUCUCAUGGACCUUGGGGAGGAGAUUAUCGAUGACGAAGUUGAGGAAAGCUUCAGUGGAGAAGCGGCAUCAUCAUCAUCUUCCUCCUUAUCAGCCGUAGCGGCGUCACCAAGGUCAGGAAACGGGCCCGAGACCGCGGAGGCGAGGGCCGUGAGGGAUACUUCGAUGAUGCCGCCGCCACCGCCCCCCGCCAAGCGGGUGGUGAAGAAGAAGAAGGAUUACUCUGCCGCGCUUGGCAUCAAGAAGAAGCCAUCACUGGUGUAA